AUGACCGGCGGCAGCGACCCCGAGCGGGAGCAGGCGCUUGAAGAUUAUAAAAAGAGCUUGUUGGAGCUGCGAGAAUGGGAGGCCAAGUUGAAGACUCUCCGCAUGGGCAUCAAGGAUCUUCAGCGGGAAUUCGAUGUGUCGGAGGAGAACAUCAAGGCACUCCAGAGUGUUGGUCAGAUCAUCGGCGAGGUGUUGAAACAGCUGGAUGAAGAGCGAUUCAUCGUCAAGGCGUCAUCGGGGCCACGGUAUGUCGUUGGCUGCCGUUCGAAGGUCGACAAGGCCAAGCUAAAGCAAGGCACGCGAGUUGCUUUGGAUAUGACAACACUUACCAUCAUGCGGAUGCUCCCUCGUGAGGUCGAUCCCUUGGUUUACAACAUGUCUCUGGAGGAUCCUGGGUCAGUCAACUUUGCCGGUAUUGGUGGUCUGAAUGAGCAGAUCCGAGAGCUUCGGGAAGUCAUCGAGUUGCCAUUGAAGAACCCGGAGCUGUUCCAACGAGUAGGUAUCAAGCCUCCAAAGGGUGUUCUACUCUAUGGUCCUCCGGGUACGGGUAAGACCCUGCUGGCCCGAGCAGUGGCCAGUUCCAUGGAGACCAAUUUCUUGAAGGUGGUUUCCUCCGCUAUUGUCGACAAGUACAUCGGUGAAUCCGCUCGAUUGAUCCGAGAAAUGUUCGGUUAUGCCAAGGAACACGAGCCUUGCAUUAUCUUCAUGGACGAGAUUGAUGCGAUCGGUGGUCGACGUUUCUCUGAGGGCACAUCAGCAGAUCGUGAGAUUCAGCGAACACUGAUGGAGUUGCUGAACCAGCUGGAUGGAUUCGACUACCUCGGACAGACCAAGAUCAUCAUGGCCACCAACCGGCCGGAUACUCUCGACCCUGCGCUGCUGCGUGCUGGUCGUCUGGACCGCAAGCUUGAGAUUCCUCUGCCUAAUGAGGUCGGCCGCCUGGAGAUUCUCAAGAUUCACUCAAGCACGGUACAACUGGAGGGUGAUAUCGACUUUGAGAGUGUGGUCAAGAUGAGUGAUGGUCUCAACGGUGCCGAUCUGCGUAACGUGGUGACUGAGGCAGGUCUAUUCACGAUCAAGGACUACAGAGAUGCCAUCAACCAGGACGACUUCAACAAAGCCGUGCGAAAGGUGGCCGAAGCCAAGAAGUUGGAGGGCAAGCUGGAGUACCAGAAGCUGUAA